AUGGCAUCACCUCAAGAAAUAAACAACUUGCAAAGCACGUUUCAGAGAGCUCUGAACUUCAGUGGCUCACCAGGGGCUGUUUCAACAUCACCAACGCCAUCAUUUAUGAACACAGUACCGCAGCGCAUGAAUGUUGUGAAGCCAUCGAAGGCUUUAAAGCCAUUUUCCAGCGGUGACAUCAAAAUUUUGUUGUUGGAAAAUGUGAAUCAGACGGCCAUUGACAUUUUUAACGAUCAAGGUUACCAAAUUGAGUUUCAUAAAUCAUCGUUUUCAGAGGAGGAGUUGAUCGCUAAAAUUGCUGACGUACAUGCCAUUGGUAUUAGAUCGAAAACUAAGCUGACAGCUAAAGUUCUGGAACAUGCUAAGAACUUGGUCUGUAUUGGUUGCUUCUGUAUUGGAACUAACCAAGUCGAUUUAGAAUCUGCGGCUAAGUUGGGUGUAGCUGUUUUUAAUUCCCCCUUCUCUAACUCUAGAUCAGUUGCAGAACUGGUGAUGGGUGAAAUUAUCUCUUUGGCCAGACAGUUGGGUGAUAGAUCGAUCGAAAUGCACACUGGUACGUGGAACAAAGUCUCACAUGGCUGUUGGGAGAUCAGAGGCAAGACUUUGGGUAUCGUUGGCUGUGGCCAUAUUGGUUCACAAUUAUCUGUUCUUGCAGAAGCCUUCGGUAUGCACGUAUUAUACUACGACAUUGUCACUAUCAUGGCCCUUGGUAGUGCCAAACAGGUUCCUACUUUGAACGAAUUGCUGAAUAGAUCGGACUUUGUUAGUUUACAUGUUCCAGCUACUGAGGAAACUAACAAUAUGUUUUCUGCCCCACAGAUGGCUGCCAUGAAAGACGGUGCCUACAUCAUCAAUGCAUCACGAGGCACUGUCGUCGAUAUACCUUCUCUAAUCCAAGCAAUGAAGGUUGGAAAGAUUGCAGGUGCGGCUCUGGACGUAUAUCCAAACGAGCCUGCGAAGAACGGUUCCGGUGCUUUCAGCGAUGAGCUAAACCCUUGGGUCUCUGAUCUUGUAUCUUUGCCCAACAUCAUCCUUACUCCGCACAUUGGUGGUUCCACGGAGGAGGCGCAGAGUGCAAUUGGAGUUGAAGUCGCAACUGCAUUGUCCAAAUACAUCAACGAGGGUAAUUCAGUUGGAUCCGUGAACUUCCCUGAGGUCUCCUUGAGACCCCUCGAUCUUGACCAAGAGAAUACUGUCCGUGUCUUAUAUAUCCACCACAACGUUCCUGGUGUCUUGAAGACUGUCAACAAUAUCUUGUCCGAUCACAAUAUCGAGAAACAAUUUUCUGAUUCGAAUGGUGAUAUCGCUUACUUAAUGGCUGACAUUUCAAAUGUUGACCAGAGCGACAUUAAAGAUGUCUACGACAAAUUGAACGCAACAGAAUACAAGAUCUCCAUAAGAUUACUCUAUUGA